GAACUGCAGAAUCCAUCUCAUCUAUGUUCGCGCCGCAGCAUAAAAUUUUAUGCUAACAAGGUUUGCGACAGCGUUGUGGUCUGCGACUGCGAGCUACAGCGGUGCCGGCCGGACUAUCAAAUUUUGAGGACCAAAUUCAGGUUAAGCAAAUUCUCAAGAUGUUCGAUACAACUCAUGUCGUUAGUGCUGUGGCCGUGUUGGCGUCCUUCAUCGUGGGACUCAAGUUUGGCAGCAGAAGUGCCGGCGGAAAUAAGGAAAUGCGCAAUGGUACCGAAUCGAAUACUACGGCACCCAAAAAGGAAGAAGAAAAUGUUUUCUCCGACUUUGGCGGCGAGUACAAAAUGGUCCUGGUGGUUCGGAAUGAUCUAAAGAUGGGCAAAGGAAAGAUUGCGGCCCAGUGCGGUCACGCCGCAGUGGGUGCUUUCGAGGGUGCCCUAAAGAAGACGCCAUCCGUUUUACGAAAGUGGCAGCACACCGGCCAGGCCAAAAUUGCCGUCAAGGUCGAAAGCGAACAGCAAAUGAUGGAAGUCUACCGGACGGCCAAGGCGAACAAUCUGAACUGCUGUUUGAUUCGGGACGCCGGUAGGACUCAGAUUGAACCCAACAGCAAAACGGUAUUGGCCAUCGGUCCGGCACCCAAUCAGGUGAUCGAUACGAUUACCGGACAUUUGAAACUUUUGUAGGCCUCGGUGAGGUACUUACAUCAGCUCUCGCCAAAACAAAGGUAAUUGAAGUUUAUGCAAAUUGAUCUUAAUAUUGAAACAAGUGUAAUCACUUGGAUUGAAUCUGAUGAAUAAAGGGCGAGAAAGCAUAA